UUGCGUGUUGAGUGUUCACGGUAUGGCAAGAGCUCUCACCUAUGGCGGUGGAGCAGCUGCCGCAGCUGCCUUCGGCCCGCCAUGGCUCGCCGUGCUCGGCGUGGCCAUGCUCUCCGUCUGGGCCAUCACGCUCGCCGUCCUCCUCUGUGGCGACAGCUCAAACAGCCCGAGACGACCAAGAUACAGCGGUGCUAGCACUGGAGCAGCUGCAGCAGCUAGCGGCGUUGGCACCGCCUGUGGUGCCAGCGGUGCUGGAGGGGGCUGUGGUGGAGGUGGAGGUGGUGGUGGUGGCGGCGGCGGCGGUUGCUAGACUUCAUCCUUCAUCUGCGACAUCAGUUGUUGUGCAGGUCUGCAGGAUGUGGAUGUCAGAGGACGUGCUUGCCUGCUUGGUUCUUAUAAUAUACUGUCAUACGUAUAUGUAUGUGUGGUAUAAGAAAGGACUGUCUGUAUCUGUAUGGUAAGAUCAAGAAAUGAUUGACCAUGUUGUGGAUGCAUGGGCGGAUCCAUAGUCAACACAUUGGGUGCGGCCGCACCUAGAGAAAAAUAAAAAAACAGUAGUAAAUGCUAAAUUUUCACUAUAUUUACACCCAGAUGUCACAAAGUCUUGCACCCAUAAAAGGCAAGUGCACCCCCCUUGGAUUUGCUCUAGCUCCGCCACUGGGUGGAUGUGCUUAUUAGUUUUUGCAUGUUGCCAACUUGUCUGAUGCUAUUAAAGAAGUUUGUCUUUGGAUUUGUAAUCUUAA